GGGCCUGCCCAUGCACGGAAGCGCUAGGUACUUUCUUUGUUCGAGAAGCUUGCCUCGAAGCCUUGGCUCGCCGAGACCACCCUCACGAAGGCCUCGGGCGUCAUGGUGACGAAUAGAACCUGUCAUGUGCGCGUCCCAUCCUUUCGAGUCAUGUCCUGCCUGGAGACGAAUAUUUCGUGUGCCAUCCACGGCACCUUGGCCAGCUGUCGCAACAAAAAAGUGUUCGUCCGUUUCCGCAUCCGAACCCAAGUACAACGUCCCGCUGCGACCAUCCAUCCUAGUGCACAGACGAUCCGGGAUGGGGCGCAUGGGUCAGAACCCUCCUCGCCAGGGCCAGCACAGCUUCCCCGUCGCUCCGUCCAGGCCUGUCUUGUUCGUCAUCGAGUCGCGUUGCGACCAUUACCCCAUACUGUCUCUUUUUGGGGAUUUCACGUGUGCGAGCACGAACGGUACGCCAAUCCGGUCGGUCCAGGUCUCCGUGCCCUACUCUCGUGCGGCGAGACGAGCGGAGCAAGGUGCCAUCCGCUCAGUGCUUUUCACCGCCAUCGGGGCUUACUUCUUCUGCCGGCAGCAUGAUUCCUGGUCAUCGUUCUUCCGAUUGCCCGUGCCAUCGUCGUCGCUCCGCUUUGCCCUGGCGGUGAGGCCACCGCGAUCCAGCGUGCAUACAGCCCCACUGCCAACCAUCCCUGUCGACGUC